GCUUCUUACCUGAAGGAUAUCAAGUUGAGAGAUUUGCUGACCAAAGGAAUUGCAUACCAUCAUGCAGGAAUGGAAAUGUCUGAUAGAAGAAACAUUGAAGAUGUUUUCUUGCGAGGAGAACUGCCAGUGCUGUUCUCCACAAGUACACUGGCUAUGGGUGUCAACCUUCCUGCACACCUGGUCAUCGUCAAAUCGACGAUGCACUACACCGGGGGAGGCAUGCUGCAAGAAUAUAGGGACACAGAUAUUCUACAGAUGAUUGGCAGGGCAGGAAGACCGCAGUUUGAUGUUUCAGCCACUGCCGUGAUACUGACAAGAAACGAAUUGAAAGAAAAAUAUGAACAAAUGCUCAGUGGAACUCAGAAACUAGAAAGCAGUUUGCACAUGAAUCUAACAGAGCACCUCAAUGCAGAGAUCGUCUUGCACACGAUCACAGAUGUCAACGUGGCAUUGGAUUGGAUCCGAUCCACAUUCCUGUACGUUCGGGCACUCAAAAACCCAAAGUAUUACAAAUUUGCCGCUGGUCUGAGCAAAGAGGAUAUUGAGAAGAAACUUCUGCAAGAACUAUGCUUAGAGAGUUUGAACUCACUGGCCACUUACAAGCUAAUUUGUAUGCAGAACGGAUAUAUUAAGCCAACAGAUGUCGGUAGAUUGAUGGCUUCCUACUACAUGGCAUUUGACACCAUCAAGCUGUUUGGCACUAUACAGGGAUCGGAAGCCAUUCAAGACCUGGUGACGCUCAUCUCAAGCUGUCGAGAGUACAAAGACAUCGCACUCCGCGUCAAUGAAAAGAAAGCCCUGAACACAUUGAACGUGGCCAAAAAGCACAUCAUACGAUUUCCAAUGCCCGGUAAAAUAAAAACCAGUGAAAUGAAAAUCAACUGUCUCAUUCAAGCUCAGCUGGGAUGUGUCCUCGUGCAAGAUUUUGCGUUGAUACAGGACACUGCGAAAAUCUUCAGGACUGGAAUCAGACUUACAAAAUGUCUUGCCGAAUUUUUGCAACAAAAGGAUAAACGGAAUAACUUCCAGGCCGUGCUGAAUGCAGUCCAACUCACGAAAUGUUUUCGUGCAAAGCUUUGGGAGAAUUCACCUUCCGUUUUAAAACAACUUGAAAAAAUCGGCUUCUCAAUGUCCAGCGCACUGGUCAAUGCUGGAUUGACAUCUUUUGAGAAAAUUGAAAACACUCAUGGACGGGAAAUUGAGUUGAUAGUGAACAGACACCCUCCAUUUGGGAACCAGAUGAAAGACGCCGUUCAGCAUCUUCCCAAGUACCAAGUCAGCAUGGUGCAGGGUCACCGGCACUACAAGGCUGUGGCUGAGGUGAUGAUCACAGUGGUUCUGAAGAACUUUGCGGAGCUGCAGUCCCAGCGCACAGCUCCGGACAGCCACAUCUGCACGCUGCUGAUGGGCAACUCCGACAACAACCUCGUCCACCGGCAAAUCAUCACAGACGACAUGCUGCUGAGAACGGGGAGUUGGAUGAAGAAGCUGGAAGUUGUUCGGCCGGAAAAAAGUGACAAGCUCGACAUCCACCUUCUCAGCUCGACGUACGUUGGUAUGGACAUCCAUCAGAGCUUCACUCCAUCCUACUCGAGCCCACGCACCCCUGGGCUCUAUGGGAAUGAGAGGCAUCUGCAGGCCCAAUCCCUGCAUGCUGCUACCUGUGAGAAACCAAAGACGUCUGUCUCAGCAGCAGGAGCAGCAGCAGCACAAGCAGCCGGCAAUGUGAAGCAACUUGCUGGCUUGGAUGAAUCCAAGAGAGGCUGUCUUCAUAACUGCAAAAACAAACAAUCGUGUGGGCACGAGUGCUGUAAAGGAAAUGUGGCCAGGUCAACGCCGCUGGCGCCUAGCACCUCGAGCGCUCACGUGCGGAGCUACUUGAGUGAACUCAAAAGCAAGAGCGUGAGUCUGACCGGCGUUCCAGAUAACAAAAGGCUCAAGGUUUGCUCUAUAAAGGGGGGAAUCUCAGUGAACUUAUCCAAGUUUGCUUACGCCCCGAAGCCUCAGUGUGGACCGCAUGACGACAGAUGCAGUGGUCCUUCUGAGCUGCUGUCGCCUCAAGGCGAAUUGGCUGUGACUGCUGGUGACAAGAGUGUGGAUGACACGUCGGGGUCCAGAGAGUUGCCAAGGGGGGUGGACAAACUCCGAUCUCCCUUGAGCGUCGCUCAUGUUCCGGUUCCAGCAUUUCAACAUCAAGACGACAGUCGAGUCGACAAGAGGGAUGACAGCCGUAAGAAGAGAACUUACGACGACAGAAGCUCAGGACUUGAUGUGCAGUGGAAUCUCCAGGAGCGGCGUGUUCGAGCCGUCGUUCCGCCCCGUGUCGCACGGGCCAGUCAACCUCUGCCGACGAAUUCCGAGCGGGUGGCAUGCGCUGAGAAAUCAUGCGGCGGUUCCAAAAGUCGCAUGUUCUUGUCUCCAAGCUCCACUUGUGUUCGACCGAAGGAAGAUCCCGAGGACGCAAUGAAGAACUUUCUGGAUAUCUUUAGAGGGAUCUUCUGAGUUGGUCAAUUGAUUUUGAAACGUCUGAUCGCGGUGUUCUAGUAAAAUUGCGUCACUUAUAUUCUUUACGGAUGAUCACAACAGUAAUUUCCGUGCCUGCAACACAACUUGUAUAUCUUCUUGGUUCUUUCGGUGAAGUCACGUAGAAGGGAAGUAGUAAAAUAAUAAAAAUAAAACAUAAUAAAACAAUUCUCACGACGUUUCGGCCACAACGCAAGCAGCCAUCCUCAGGUGAAUAAACAGGUCUGUCGGAAAGACAGCGUCGUGAGAAUUAUUUUAUUAUGUUUUAUUAUUUUAUUAUUUCCCUUCUACGUGACUUUACCGAAAGAACCAAGAAGAUGAAUCCCUGCAGUCACGAAAGCUUUAAAUCGAAAUACGACUUGUAUAGGUCUGGUAACGUGUUUUACAAUGUAGGCUAUCUAAUAAAAGCACGUCACGGUUGCUGUUGAAUAUCUAAUCCUCUGAUUGUGUUACCAGUUGCAGUAACAUGUCCAAGAGACGUAAUGUCCCACAGUCGUCAAAAUAAAGUCGACG